AUGCCGGUCCAAUCCAGUCCUACCAACGACGCCAAGUCCGUCGCCCAUUUCCAAGACCUGGAAAUGCAAGACCUGAGCACCGCCAUUGUGCUCCUAAUGUUGCCAUGCGUGGUCAAUGUCCCUCGCUGUCCUUUCAAGUCGCUCCCCGGCAUCAAGAUAAACUGUGUUGGCGACCGCAUUCGCUUUCACCCCGACAAGGAUCCAAAUAGCGACGCAGCCAUCUACGAGGCAGUCGACGUGCCAAAUGCAGAGCCGUACCCAGAGAAGUCCCAGUGGCCGUCCACGCUCGCCUUCAUGUUGGGCCUGCCGUGGCUCUGCCGAGUCGUGGACAACUCCAAGAAUUUAUGGGCAAAGGAUUCCAGCGGCCGCUACUCCCAGCCGGACAAGGCCGUCGUCUCCAAUCCGGAGCUGGGCCACCUAUCUGCCUUCCUGAGGGAUAUCAAUCUGGAUAGCUUCGACACCGAGAUCCCGAGCACGCCCGGUGUCAGCACGUUGGGCAUGACCCCGGAGCCCGGCCCCCAUUUCGGCUCUGUCAUCCUCGUGCACAUGUUCGGCGAGCGCAUCCCCUCGGAACACGUCAAGAUGGUUAACAUGUUUGCCGAGGAAAGGGGUUUUGGUACCUAUGAUUACCAGGAUCUGAACCUGAGAUUGGCCGGGUUCCGAGAGUACUGGGACCAGAAGCAGAGGGAGAACAAUACACCCGGCGUGGACUUGCAGGGUCUGCCUUCGCCGUAUAGUGCUAUAGGCCGAUGGUACCCAAAGGAGCGCUGCGUCGAGAACUUUGCUCACUACAAACGCUUCUUUGACGAGAUAGAAGUGAUCAUGGCCCUUUCCUCACCAUCUCUCGAGUUCGAGCCACUGACUGGAUGGCUACUGCCACAGGCCUUUGGAUUCAACAGGUUUUGA